ACUCACAGCAGCAACAAUUAAGGCUACUGCUCAAGCAUCCUGAUCCUCAGCAGCUUCCUUGGCUCUUUUCCACUCGAAAAACAAGCUAAGGAUGCACACAGGGAUGCGAACGCGGUAGCUCUAACGCAAGACCAUCUCAAUCAACUUUCAAAUCAUGCUAGUGCUCCCAGCAACUUGAUGUUGUCUAGCAGUACUGGAGGAGUUGGAGGCUUAGGGGGGACGCCAGGACCGAGUGGUGCCCCGGGUCCAAAUGGUGGCCCAAACGCAGGGCCGACUAGUGCAAAUCAUCUCGCGCCACCAGGGGCAAAACGUCCGAUGUUGCCAAGAGCGUUGUCUUUAUGGAUUGCGGUUGUUCUUCUCUAUUCACAUUUUUGAUUUGUGUUUGAAAAGAUCUGGGUACUUUUAACUAACUUGAUCUUCCAGGACUAGUUGUUAGGCAAAAACCACCCGGUUCUAGCUGCUGCAAGUAUCCUUGAUAUUCUUAUCCAUGAUCUAAUCUCAAGUUCUUCCUUGUCUUCGCGUGCGAGCUCGUUAUCCAACGCUUCAAGGAUUCAGUAUCUACGCGCCAUCGCAAACGCCCACAAAAACGCGCACAAAAUGGCAAAGAUGCCUAGUGGUCCGCCUAGUGCUGCGCCAUCCGCUGCUCCUAGCCGACGCGGAUCAACAGGAGCUAGUACAGGAGCAGGAGAGGGUAAUUUAUUAAGGGUUUCCCGAUUACAUUCCGCACUACCAUCCCUGGCUCUUUUCCGAGUAGAAAAGAAGCCAGGGAUGUCCUGGAUGAGGUAUGUAAUUCGAAUUCCGUAGGAGCCUCUAAUUAAUAGCCAGCAGCUAGCGAAGCAAGGCAGUCAGCACAUGUUAUCCUCAGGUGGUGGCGCAGGGUCAGCAGGAGGUGGUGGUGGGAUCUUGAAUACGUUGAAAUCAGGCUUGCUGAUGAAGCAUCAGAAAACAAGUACGCAAAGUCGCCAAGUGCCAGGUCCGAGCGAUAAUGCAGUUUCGCGGGAAAUCUACUUAUGGCCAACCACCUAAGUAUUUGCUUGGGUAGCAUUGAUUGGUUCUCACUCUGAACAACUAUCUACAUUGACAUUCUUUCUGAACAGCAUGAGGCGGUCCAUGUUGCUCUGUGUAAGAUUUGCUUCAAACCUGACCAGGGAGGGUUAGACCUGAAGCACAUGACCAUGACCAUGACUUCUCUCAUCAUCUACUCACUAGUAGAAGUAGCACUCAACCCCAAGUGCUUUAAAGCUAAGGAGGCCUACACCUACUCCUGCUUUAGCAGCUCUAACUUCCAGCGGUUCCAGCUCAGGAGGUCAACGUCGCGGUCGCCCGUCUGGUAGUACCGCCAGGAUGCUAUUCUAUCCCUCAAGUCAUGAAAAUAAUGGUGACAUUGACACGGAGGAUCACGACGACCCAGCAACAGCUACAUCUUCUAGGAUGUCGAGAGGCAAUGGCAAUUAUCACGUAGAAAUAUGUCAUAGUAGUUCGCUUCUUUCAACAGACAAGGAUUCUUCGUCGAAGACUAUCAAAGCCUUGAACAACAAGCACGACUACAAGGAGAACACUAUGACAAAUCAAGUUGUUGAAGCAGACGGAGUGGUUGAGAAAAAUGGAAAUAACUCCUGUAGGAGGCGAUUAUCUGCCGCUUCUACCUCUUCUAGCUUUGCUGGUGGGAAUCAAGUAGAUUCCGUGUCUCAACAACCCACAACUACACAAGAGCACCACUUGAGUCUAGAUCUCCCCUAUGAGGGGAACUACAUGCCGAUUCCGAUGGGUGCGCUGCGCAGUAUCAGUAAAGAUAGCGCCACAAGUAGCGUCACGCAGAUGGGCGGCGCCGGUCCGGGAGUGAUCGAUAAUUAUGCCCAAAUUAGAGAUAAACCCGUUUACGAAAGAAGUAGUACCUUCCCCCCCAUCAACGAACGACGUGCACUGCUCUAAUUACCCGACGUGUACUUGCAAAAACUGCGCACUUUGCUAGCACGCCAUGACAUUGAGUGCUACCUGCUAGAGAACACGGAUUCUGGACCAGAGCGCGUGGUGCAUCGAAGACUACGCCACCUUUUGCGGUUACUCGAAGAUAACAAGGAGUGUGGCCCAGCCCGCAUUAAGAUCUGGGAACGCGAGCUGGAACGACACACGACGUUGUUGACAAACUUGAGCCCCUAUGUAUUUCAACAAAGCAUGGGAGCGUAAGCUUGUACCUACUUGGGAAGUUUAUUGUAUUGCUAAUCUCAUUCAUACUAACAAGAAAAGAAAAAAUUUGACAACUUCAUUAUACUACUGGAAGCAGUACCGGAACUGGUGCUUCUGUUGUUGAACAGGGAAAUUAGGUGAGAGGAUCACAUGCUUUCCUUUGGUCUAUCUUUUGCUCUAUCUUUUUCUUCAUCUUGAUCGAUGAACUAGAAUCCCUUUCUUUUAGUUUUACGUUGAAGAGAUAGGUUUAUACAAAAUACUUACUGAUUCAUCAAUUUAUUUCCAAAGACUCCCAUUUGCUGUCGCCGUACAACUGGACCUGGUGCUUAUGUUGUUGAACAGGGAAAAGACAAUCAGGCGUUUCGUAAACAAGCACCAGCUGCCUCUUUUUGCUGCCAGCACGUAUACUAUAAAGUUGACAUUCACAACGACAUAAUCUUUAUCGACUUUUUUCAAAUUUUGAAACUCGCUUGAAUGGAGCGAGGCCUCACGC